ACCAAUGGCGACCGAGGACAGUACGGGGAGGUUAUAAAAAAAGAAGGUGACGGCAGCUGAAGGCUACUCGCUGUGUAAAAGAAGCCGGGAUUAGGUUGUUGCUUGUGAAUCAGGUUAAUCAAAAUGUACGCGUGUGUGAAAUUUGUCUCCUCUCCUGCUGUGCUCCGCAGUGGGUCCAGAGCCUUGGCCCGGCCGAUGUCGGUGUCCGUAUUCACCAGACCAGAGUCCAAGAAUGAGCAAUCCACGUUGGUGUGCAGCAAUGGUGCUGCUAUGCCUCUCCUCCAGCGUAGCUUUCACACCAGCACUAUGUCCAGGGACAUCGACACAGCAGCUAAGUUCAUUGGUGCUGGAGCAGCCACAGUUGGAGUAGCUGGAUCUGGAGCUGGAAUUGGGACAGUCUUUGGCAGCUUAAUCAUCGGUUAUGCUAGGAACCCAUCUUUGAAGCAGCAACUUUUCUCAUAUGCUAUUUUAGGUUUUGCACUGUCUGAAGCCAUGGGUCUUUUCUGUUUGAUGGUUGCUUUCCUCAUUUUAUUUGCAAUGUAAUGUAACCUUGACCUUCAGUAGUGCAGCACCUUGAGCGGGUGGGCCCAAUAACCCUUGGUGGAUCACAAAGGGUCACAGAACAUGAACGAAGCAUAUCAGAGGACACCAUGGUUUCACCAUUCCAUUUGAUUUCUUCUCAAAUGAAGGCUUUUUUAAAAUUGAUUCCCUCCAAUGAAAAAUGUUGACCUCUUGCAAGAACUAGACAAUGGGUACUUGUCUAUAUAAAUGAG